ACUGUUUUGGGUUUGUGUUAAAUUAGUUGAUUGAAUUUCACCAUGCUUCUACAGAGAGGAGCAAAAAUGGAAAGGUCUCUGUAGGUGCUGAUUCAUUGUUUCUUCAUUUUUACUCAUUGGUCACCAUAGGGCGAGUCUCUACCUCACAGACCAUGUGGCCCAGCAUUUUACCUUCCUGAUAGGAAUUAAACAAAAGAGUACAAACUACAAAGGAUGGAAUAUGUUGAGUAGAAAGAUAACUAAGAAUAAUAAUAAUAAUAAUAAUAAAAAGAAUUCAAGUUAAUUAAGAUCACCUUAAGGUAAAAAAGAGAACUAGCCCAUUUAUAAGGUAAAAAGAGAAAAAAGAAAAAAGAAAAAAUAAAGGGAUCACUUUAAGAUCAAAUCUUGAGACAAAUGCAAAUCUAUUAAGGUAAAAAAGAGAACUAUCUCAUAUUAUAUAUUGUAUAGUAUAUUACAUAGUAAAUAUGCUUCAGAUUUCUAACACAUUAAGCAUGUCCUUAUCUUAACCAAAUCAUAUCAUUUUAAUAAACUAGCUCAAGAAACUACUUGAUCUAGUUCAACAUUACAUCAAGGACAGAGUUAGCUGAUAUUAAUAGAAAAAAUUAAAGUUUAUUACUUAACAAAUUAAAAUCAAUCUAUAAACUAAUGUAUCUAAACACUAUAACUAACUAUUCAGAAGAAAAAAAGGAUAAAUUUAUGAGGUCAUAACAUUUCUUUAGGUGACAAUAACCACAUUUCAACAGUGUGGAUUACUACUCACUGGAGUAGCGUUAGGGUUUGGUUCUCUCCUGGUUUCUGCACAAUGGACAACACAUCCGCCAAUUUCAACUUAUUGUGUUCUAAAAUUAAAGAAUCGUGUUGUGUUCUGCUCGAAAUCAAUCUGUCUGAGGUCCAGCCCUACACAGAGAGAAUUAAAUGAAGGGAAGGAGUUAUGAGAGUCACGUGAGAACACAAGAUCCAAACAAAAUCUAGAGAAAGAUUUCAGAGGAAGAGGCAAUACCCAAUAAGGACAGCAACAGCCUGUGCCUCACUGUUCUUUCUCCUUCACUCUUUUGAAUAUGCUUUAUUACUCAAUGAGAAGAAAAAAAAGAGAGGGUACCCUUAAUUAGGACGCCACGCCCAAUCCAAGACUCUUCCUUUCUUCGCCUAACCCAACUUAAAAAAUAAAAACCAUUUUAACACCCCAUUUUCCCAUUUGUCACUUCUCUUUAACCAGACACCAUGACAUGUCAAAAUUCAUCCCCAUGUGUUAUGUCCAACUCACCAUAGAUUCUCCCUCUAUUCUUCUUCUUCUUCACACUAACUGAUGGCUUAGCCUCUUCUAAUGCGUUAGCUGCUUCUUUUGUCACAAAUGGAUAAAUGGAAAGAGGGGUCUUCUAAAAGAGUGAAAAUAAAGAGAAAUUAAUAAAAUUUAUGGUUGGGAGAAUUUAGAUUGAAGAGAGAGGUGGUGAGGGCUAUAUUAUCUUAUAUUAAUGAGUUUAUUGCCAUGUCCUCAAGUCAUCCCUCCUAGAUAUCACACGUACCUUUAAAUGUCUGGAACAGCAUUGCCUUGAAAUUGUUAUUCAUUUUGCUUCGCAGUACCUUUUAACUUGUUGAUGGCAGAUUGGCAGAAAACAAUGAAGGAUAUGUUUCUUCUUAUAGUAAGUUGGUUUUUAAGACCAAACAUGUAUCAUUGGACUUUUCCCAGGAGUAAGAAAAAGAAAGGUCCCGCUGCCCCUGCUGAAUUCUCCUUCAAACAGAGGAUAAUUCAAAUUUAAGGUCUAAGAAAGCACGCUUUUCUCC